UCCUACAAUCACUGGGUAACAGCUCCAGGAUACUCCGUCUCAUUGUGCCUGUAAGAAGGUUUAGCUAUGCAGGAGUUUGUUUAGCUGGAGGCUAGUGAGGAAAGGAAACAGCAGGACUGCUGGAAGGUGCACUCUGUGCAGGAUAACAUCUCAGUCUGGGGACCACAGAGGAGAGACACUCACCAGGAGAACUCGUCUUCUGUAUUUAUUGGUAUUCUUGUUGAGUUGUGGAAUCUUAGAAGGAUUAGCAUUGCUCUCAGCUAUGAUCAGCUGUGUGACUUUGGCCAUGCUGUGCCUGCUGUUUGGAUGCUUAAUAGUAACAGGUGAAUCUGCAGGCUCAAAAUUAAAGGCACCUGAACUUAAUAUUAAACGAAAAGAGUUAAUUAUACAGGCUGGAGAAACAAUACAUCUUACUUGCAGAGGUGAAGAAAAACUUACCUGGACUUUUCCAGCUAUCACAAAAAGACAGAACACUCGACUGAACAUUACAGAGAGUGUAUGUGAAAGACACCAAAAGAGGAUUUGCAGAAGUUUGACAUUGAGAAAAGCUCAAAUAAGUGAUACUGGAUUUUAUAGAUGCACUUACUUAGAUGAUUCAAGGACGUCUGCAGGAAGGAAUAUCGCAUCGAUCUACAUAUUUAUUGCAGAUCCAAAUCAUCCCUUUGUGGAGAUGGAAAAGGAAAUACCACCCAUAAUCUAUAUGACAGAAGGAAAGGAACUUGUUAUUCCUUGCAGAGUGACAUCCCCAAACAUAGCUGUCACAUUAAAGACCUACAGCAAUGAAAUAUUUACUCCUGAUGGAAAACAUGUUAUUUGGGACAACAAAAGAGGCUUCAGAAUUCCAAAACCUACAUACAAAUUUAUAGAUUUAUUGAUUUGCGAGGCCACUGUUAAUGGACGUGUGCACAGUACCAAAUAUUUAACAAACAGACAAUCCAGUGCGAUCCAUAAGGUGCAGCUAAGUGUUCCGAGCUCUGUCCGCCUGCUGAAGGGAACUGCGUUUUCUAUUAACUGUACGGUUACCACAGAUCUUAAUGCAAGAGCUGAAAUAAAUUGGAAAUAUCCUAGACAGAAACAUAAUAAAAUUGCUACUAUAAUGAGAGGACUUGAUUUGAAAACCAAAACAAUCAUGGUCUCCAGUAUACUAUAUAUUCCUGAAAUGAAUUAUAUUGACAAUGGGACAUACAUAUGUAAUGUGAGGAAUGGUCCAUCAUCAAGAUCAGUAAACACAAUGGUUCGUGUCAUUGCUAAACCAUUCAUUAAUGUUAAACCCAGAAAGAAAAGUGUUUUAGAAGUAAUGGCUGGCCAGAAAUCUUACCGAAUCUCCAUGAAAGUGAGAGCCUUCCCUUCACCAGAGGUCAGAUGGUUGAAAGAUGACUUACUGGCCGCAGACAAAUGUGCUCGAUAUAUAGUACAUAACAAUUACUUAAUUAUCAAAGAUGUGUCUGAAGAAGAUGCUGGAAAUUACACAAUUGUUCUUCAGCUAAAAAAAUGGAAUCUAAUCAAAAAGCUAACUGUCACUCUUACUGUAAAUGUGAAGCCACAAAUUUAUGAAAAAUCAGUGUCUUUUCAUGAGUCACAUAUCUACCCUUUGAGAAGCAGACAGACCCUAACAUGCACUGUUUAUGGGGUACCCACUCCUACAAUAACAUGGAUAUGGCAGCCCUGUAGACUGGAUCACUCUAAAGCAAGGUGUGACCCUGACUUAGGAGAUGACAUUUUUCAUCUGAGCGCUGGAAGGAACAGCAGCAAUGUGGGGAACAAAAUUAAAAGCAUCACAGAACGUACACAGAUGAUUGAAGGGAAGAUGAAGACUGCAGGAUUUCUGGUCAUUGAGGAUUCCACAGCCUCUGGCAUUUACACAUGUUUAGCUACCAAUAAAGUAGGAAGUGAUAUAAGAAACAUCAGAUAUUUUGUAACAGAUGUACAUAAUGGAUUUCACGUAACGGCGGAUAAGGUUCCCAAUGAAGGAGAAGACUUCACAUUAUCAUGUUCUGUAAACAGAUACCUCUACACAGAUAUCACUUGGAUUUUGCUCAGGUCCAUUGGUGACCCAACAAUGCAUCGCAGCAUCAGUAAACAAAAGAACGCUAUUACAACGGAGUAUUCUACAACUCUGACUGUAAAUAUAAAAAAUGCCACUCAGGCAGAUUCAGGCAUCUAUGUAUGCCGAGCAACGAACAUAUUCACAAGACAAGUCAGCCAGCAGAGGCAAGAAAUCAUUGUCAGAGGUGAGGACUGUAACAAACAGGUGCUUUUCUCAAGGACUUUCAAGCUUAAAAGGAGAAAGAGUAUGUGCCCAACAGAAAGCACUGUUAUCUCCUAGAGAACUUAAUUAAAGCUCCAGAGGUCUUAUUUACUUUUUAUUAAUUAUUGAAGGUACUGAAUAUGCUUCCUGGAGGUGAUGGAGAAAAAGCAGAAGACAUCCAAUCAGUGGUCAAUAGACAAUGCAGUUUGCAUUGAUGACUUGUGAAGUGUCUUACAAGGCAUGAGAUUCUCCCAAAAGAUGUAUUUGUCCAGUUAGUAAACACAGUCCAAUCAACACAUUUUAUGGAAAAAGUUUUUGGGUUUUUUUUUAGUUUUUUUUUUAACUUCCUGCAAACUUUGCUCCAGUGCCAAGACAAAUGCAGUUUUCCCCUGUAUAUAGUGCUGAAAAAUGUUGUAUUUUUUUUUUUUUUAUAAUUUAUGAAUACAGCUUUACCUCCAAAGAGCUUAGAAAACUGGAGGUCAUUAUGGUGGUGUAAUAUAAUAUAAUUUUUAAUGUGGUUUUUGUAUAAUUAUAAUGAAUGUGGAAAGAAAUGCCUUAUAAUGAAACAAAUAGUAUUUGAAUCUUUAUUAAUUUAUCACCACUUAUUUACUGCUGCUAAUUUGGAAGAUUUUUUUUUUUUAAUGAAUCUUAAUCCAGUAAUACGUAUAUAACUCUUCUAGAGGUAAAGUAGGCCAGAAUUUUGGAAUAUCUUUGGUUAAAAUCAGGUGAAAUAAUUAAAUUACCUAAAUGGAUAACCUCACAUGUAUAAUCUACAAUAAUACCUUUUCUGUGAUACUGGAGGAUACCCCUGCUUUAACCCUAUUGGUGCCAGAGAGCAGGUGAUACCAGCCUGUGAAACAACAUUCUUAAAGGCGUGAUUCAAACUGAGUUUUUGUAAAUGACAACAAAGAAAAUAUAUCCAACAUUACUAGGGAUGGGCGAAUGUGUAAAUUUUCAAAUUUCGAAUAUAGAACAAAUGUUAUUAUCGAAAUUCGAAUUAUAAAUUCGAAUGUCGAUAAGAACGAAUAUUAUGUAAAAUUCUGUUUUCGAAUGUUUUUUACAGGUUUCGAAUGUGACAUUCAGUUUCGAAUGUAACAUUCAAUUUAGAAUGUGACAUUCGAUUUCGAAUGUGUAUAUUCGAUUUCGAAUGUAACUUUCGAUUUCGAAACUAAUUCGAAUUCUCGAAUAGUACAUUUCAAAAGAAAAGACUAUUUUGAAAUUUAAAUCGAAUUCGAAUAUAACAUUACAAAUAUAAUGUGAUAUAUUCAAUCGAAUUAGAAUAUUACAUUUCGAAAUCGAAUAUGAUAUAUGCUAUAGAAUUCAAAUAUUACAUUUCUAUAUAGAAUGUGAUAUAUUGAAUCGAAUAUUAUAUUUCGAAUUCGAAUGUGAUAUAUCUUAUCGAAUUCGAAUAUUACAUUUCUAUAUAGAAUGUGAUAUUAUUGAAUCGAAUUCGAAUAUUAUUGAAUCGAAUUCGAAUGUGAAAUAUACAUAUCGAAUUUGAAUAUAAUAUAAUGCAAAGGCAAACAAACAUUCUAUUUUUAGAAAGAAUAUUUUCAAAUGUAAGCGAAAAUUGGAAACCGAACAUUCGAAAAUCGAAUGUUAGAAUGUUAGUUAAACAUUCGAAAUUCGAUUCGAACGAACGAAUGUCUAAAAAUUCGUUUUAAAAUUCGAAUGUUUAGAAACAUUCGCCCAUCCCUAAACAUUACACAGUUUUAUUUACCAUGUAAAUUGAUUUGCUCUGUAGCUACAUUGCACCUUAUAAUUUGUACUACAAUUAUUUAACCCUUCAGUGCAAGACAGUUUUCUAAUGAAUAAAUUAUGUCACAAUUUUUGAACUGGAGCAAUAAUUCAGCUGAUUUAUUUAAGUUACAGUGAUAAUUAUUUUAAAGGAAACUACUUUCAUGUUGAUUUUUUAAUUAAACUUUGUAUGUUUUAUUGAAGGAUAUUGCAUGCAUUAGCUGACUGAUCUGUUAAAAAUGUGUUUGCUUCUUGGAUGUAACUGUAAACAGAUCAGAGUAUAAGGUGCACAGUAUGUGACGUUUAGCAACUACAAGCAAAAGUAAUAUAAUUAGAACAGUAUUAAUAAAAAAAAUAAGGUAAACAGAUGUGGGGGAAUUAGGGUUGCCACCUGGACACUUAUGAGUUAUACAUGCUGCAGGGUGUGCAGAGAGGAACAUGAAUAGUGCUGUUCAAUGUCACUAUUUUGGUGCUAUCCAGGGUUGAAAUACAUGUUCCUCCCUUCACACCAUGGAGCAUGUAUAACUCAUAAGUGUCCAGGAAACCAUGGCCGAGGUGGCAACCCUAGGGGGAAUACAGGUGAAAUUGCAAUCUUAUUUUUCCUUUGUAAUUUAUAGUUCACAAUUAAUUAUUAACAUUUGAUUGUAAAUUAUGUUACUUAAAGUGACAUGACAAAUAAAAAUUCUGUCAUGUUUAAGAACACAUUAAAAUAUUUUUUUGUAUGAAAAUGUUUAAAGGGACAUAAAAGUAAUUUUAUUUAUGCAUAGUAUAUACCAGCAAAUAAGCAAUGGAUUGCAGAAGAUAUGUGUAUAAAAUAUGUUUUUAGUGUAAAUUUCUGCAAGCUCAGACCAGUUCAGGAAGACACUCCUAACAUAUACAGUAUAUGUACCAGAUCUGUGGCCAACCAAAGGCCAUAUGUAUAUAAGCUCAAGCACUGUUAUAUUCAUUGUUCCUAUAUACAGAGACAUUCAAACUAACUGGAAAACGUAUUCUAGUUAUUUCUGGGUAAGUGAAAAAAGCACAAUCUAUUGAGUUCAAUUAAAGGAAAAGCAAAAAAUAUAACUAUAAAUGUACUGUUUUUCUUACUAUGCAUAUUUAAACAAUUUAUAUGGGAUUAUAUUUAAUUUCUUAAAAGGUCUCUUUAAUUUCUUUAAAGGUCUCUUUAUUUAAAAGCUGCAUUCAUUUGCAUCUGGCAAGACAUUGUGCACAGUAUAGUAUUUAUAGUCAGUGACUGAUUGAGACCAUUUCCACAAUAUUUUUAGAUGCCAUAAUUUAUAUGUCCUAUAGAUAUAAUCUAGGUUCUUGUACAGUGCUACUUAAUACACAUUAUAGUGACAGAACAUACAUUUAUAGUAAUCAACUAACAUAUAUAUAUAAAAAUAUUAAGAUAUGCUUGUAUAGUGUGUAAAUAUAUCUAAAGACCAUUAUUUCUGUAGAUAGAUGUAUUGUGUUUAUAAUGUACAUAUUGAGUGUAUAAUGUACAUAACAAAUACAGUAUUUGUGAUCAGUUUAGUAUUGUAAAAAAAGCACAUAUAUAUUUAAAACAAUCUAUCCUUAUUAUAAACUGCCAGAUUGUGCAUAAUACCUGUUAAAUAUUCUGAAAGCUCCUGUAAUAAAGUUCUGAUGACUCCUGUAGUUCCCUUUGCUCCUAAGCUGCAGCUACACAAUACAUUACUGCACUGUCUGGCAGAAAAGGGGUUAAAAUUGAAACUUAAAUAGUGGAAACAUGCUUGGAUAAUUUUUCCUAAAUAUAACAGGACAGCGUCCUGUGUGGCCUGUAAAGUGAUUGUUACAUUGUAUGAACUUACAAGACUUAAGGAAUAUUCUUCA